GAGCCACACUCCUCACCGGUAGGCGGCGGUAUUGCACACGUAUGCCAAGAAGAACAGCCUGAGAGGCUGGGGGGAGCCUGAAAUAGGAAGACACUUCCAGCAGACACCGAAAAGGUGUCUUCUGGGUGACUUUGACGUGGUUACGGCCGAUACCGACUUGUCUGCAUCGCUACAAACUAUAUUAUUCGUGUGAGCAGCGCGCAUUGUUGUUGAAUAAAGGGAAACACCGGAGAGUUGCGACGACGCUCGAGGAAAAGUACGGCGACCGCCUGAGAGUGAACGACGCGAUGGGACAAUUCCUAAGGGAAUUCGUAAGGACGUGAGGUGGAUUGCCACCGGUUUUUUUCCGAGUACGUUUGACCCCCAAAAGAGACAACCGGGGAGAAAAAGCGGUGGACCGAGUGUCAACAAAAAUGGCGGCGUCCAUUGUUACCAGCGGCAUGUGAAGACUCCGAAAUCCCGUGAUACCACGACUUAGGACUGCACAAACUUGGCUGUUUACGAAGGUUGUUUUUAAAUUGUGCGGCGAGCUCAAACUCCAAGCAACCGUGCCGCCAGUCGGCGAACCCCACAACAUCGGCCCAGCAUUCCUCAUUAGUUCCGUUCACGUGGUUAACAUCCAGUGAGUGGAAGCGUUUUUAUUUUUACCCUGGGGAGGCUUGCAUUUUCUCUUUUUAUCUGUAUAGUUACCGUCACAAAUUCCCUUUUUAAACAUGGAUCCUGUGAAGAAAGUCAAUCCUCCAAAAAAGAAGAAAAAGAAAAUGAUGUCCAUUCAAUUAAAGCAUGAAAUCAUCGAAAAAUACGAGCGCGGUGUGCGCGUCGUCGACUUGGCGAGGCUGUACGACCGAAAUACUUCCACCAUAUGUUCUAUACUGAAGCAGAAGGAGUCUAUAAAGGCGAUAACACCAGCUAUGGGUGUUAAAAUCAUCUCAAGAUUGCGGACGUCUGUCCAUGAAAAGAUGGAGAGGCUCCUGUUGGUGUGGUUGACAGAGAAGCAGCUCACAAGAUGUCCAUUGACCGAGGGUGCAAUCUGCGAGAAGGCACGGGCCAUUUAUGCCGAUUUGUUAAAACAGACUCCGGGAUCUUCGACGGGCGGGGCGCCGGAAGACUCAUUCAAAGCCAGUCGGGGCUGGUAUGACAAUUUUAGAAGGCGGAUCAGCUGCCCUUCCGAUGUCAGGAGUUUUGAGACGGCAAGGUCGGACGUGAACGAGGAUUACCGCAAAACCUUUACUGAUGUGAUUGCGGCUGAGGGCUACGUCCCCCAGCAGGUCUUCAACUGUGACGAGACCGGUCUGUUCUGGAAAAGGAUGCCGAGGAGGACUUUCAUAACCGUUGAGGAGAUGAAGAUGCCGGGUCACAAACCCAUGAAAGACCGGUUAACCCUAACAUUGUGCGCCAAUGCGAGCGGCGACUGCAAGAUCAAGCCACUACUCGUGUAUCAUUCAGAAAAUCCCAGGGCCUUUAAGUCGCAUAAGAUUAUUAAAGAAAAACUGCAGGUUAUGUGGAGGGCAAACCCGAGGGCGUGGGUCACCAGGCAGUUCUUUGUAGAGUGGGUCAACCUGGUCUUCGGUCCUGCUGUGAAGACUUACCUCCAGGUGAAAAACCUACCCUUGCGCGCUCUCCUCGUCCUGGACAACGCCCCUGCUCACCCGCACAACCUCGAAGACGACAUCCUCGAAGAUUUCAAAUUUAUAAAAGUUUUUUACCUUCCACCCGACGGCACCGCUAUCCUGCAACCCAUGGACCAGCAGGUGGUCUCCAAUUUUAAGAAACUAUUCACCAAGCACCUCUUUCGUCGCUGCUUUGAGGUGACGCAGAGUUCAAAUCUCACCAUCCGAGAGUUCUGGAAGGACCACUACAACAUCGUGUCGUGUCUCAAAAUCAUCGACAUGGCCUGGCAGGGCGUUACGAAGAAGACCUUGAUUUGCGCGUGGAAAAAGCUGUGGCCCGAGGUCGUGUCUGAAAGGGUCAUAUUUGAGCCCGAAGAGGCGGUGGUGGAGGAGAUUGUGUCCCUCGGGAAGUCCAUGGGGCUGGAAGUCGAUGAAGAGGACGUGAACGAGCUCGUUGAGGAGCACUCUGAGGAACUGACGGCGGAGGAGUUAAAAGCUCUGCAGACGCAGCAGCACGCAAAGGUUUUGCAGGAAAUCGGUACCGCGGAGGAGCCGGAGGUGGACGAAGUUAUCUCCACGAAACUUUGUGGAGUAACUUGGUGGCAGUCGACGCGGUGGCCGACUCCUUCGGCACAAACCCCCGGUAGUGGUACCGCUCUCUGGGGGCUUCGCCCUCAUGUUCCGUUCUUUCAUGGACGCUCCCUCGGGUUCAGUAGGUACGGGAUCCUGUUGAUGGUCAUCCCCUGGACCGUCACUUUGUACAGAUUGCUUCCUCUCAAGGUGUUUACAUUCAUCCACAAAAUGCUUCCAUUUAUGAUCUUUAUUGGGGUAACGGUGGCUCACUUGAGUGCUUGGUGACGAGCAGCCGUUCCUGGCUUGUCGGCGGCAAACCCGCUCUCAGCCACAUCUUCACUGCACGCUCGAGGUCAAGGUGCCACAUCCACGCUCUUUGUCGAAAAGUCUCGACGCCGGAACUCUUCCUCUUUGCCAUUCACCGCUCACCUUACUACAAGUGAUGCAGGUUGGAGGGGGUGUUGUUGGGCCUAUAGUGCACUGAUGGAGGUCCUGAAGCGGCCUCCUGGGGACGGGGGGCACGCGACGUGUACACAGCCCAAAAUGAAAUAUCCCCAGGACCAAAGACCUUUUUUCCCCCUGCCAUUUCUUACAUUUGUCCCCAUCCCAAAACUCAGAACCUACUCUUUAGUAGGUUCAGCUCCCGACUUGCAAGCUCAGCCGCUUGGUUCCACUCCAAUGUGGCCUCAGACUUUUUAUGUGACCUCUGGGCAAGGUUUUAUGCAAGGGGAUAGCAGUGUAGCUACCCUGCAUCUAUAUAUGUGUUAAGAGUUCGAUAGAUUCCGUCUAUGAUGCCUUGGAAGUGAUUUGUUGCUGAAUGAAAGAGGGCAAGCUGUGAGAGAAAAAGCAUGCGUACAAAGAAGUUCGAGGUAGCUUGGUUACUGCUGACAGUCCCCGUCUGGUUUUGCAAUAAACACGUGAUUGACCUUUAUCGACCCAAUCUUGAGUUUCUGAUGCGCAUGUGCACGUAACGGUGAACUCUAUGAGUGGGGGAGCUGGACCAAGUAAUAAGACGAUAAUGUACCCACCGUGUGCGAGGUUGGCUGGUUGAAAAGUAGAUCUCGGGGCAAAAAAGUUCGGGCACCACCCGGUCAAGGCAGAUGUGUGACGUCUAAUUUUGAAGGCUGUUUAAGAAUAUUUGUUACAUCAGAACUUGUCAUGGUUCACUGAAUUCUGUCUUCCGCGCUUUUUGUCUGCACGUUACUGCAACUCAUUCAGAAUGCUACAGCUCGGGUUCUGACCAGAACAAAGAGGUCAGAGCACAAAACUCCAAUUUUAAAGUCCUUACACUGUCAGCUUUAGAAUAGAUUUUAAAGUUCUGCUACUGGUCUAUUCAUAGGGUUCUGGGCACAGAAUCCAAGGCAAACGUGGUGAAGGAUCGUUUAGCUACUUUGCUGAACACAAAUGGAAUAAGUUCCCGAAAGAGAUGACGCCAGCCCCAAGUGUAAAUAUUUUAGAAUACUGGUUGAAAACUCUUCUUUUUCUCAUGCUUUUUAGAGUAUUUCCAAUUUUGAAAUAUAUUUCUUGCACUGUAUGUUGCUUUAAUUGUACUUUUAUUUAUUUUUGUUUCCUGUUUUUAAUGUUUUAUUUCUUUGUACUUAAGUGCUUUUAAUCAUGUAAAGCACUUUGACUUUCCUUUUUGUUUAUGAAAUGCAUUACACAGAUAAAUUUGCUUUGCUUUGCCUACUAUACCCCCCCCC